UCCCACGCUUGGGCUAGACGGCCCCGACUAACCAGAGCUCAGAUAAAGCUGCCUCCAGUGUAUACAUCCCACGCUAAGCUGUCGCCUAGUGGAUGUCCCCUUACAAAGCUUUCUGGGAUAAAAACUGAAGACAUCACCAUGCAGGCACAACCCAUGAAGUUCCUGAUAGCUGUGAUGGUAGUCACUUUAGCUCAGGGUGGGAAAAUCUUGAUCAAACCAUUUGGACAGUGUUGGGGAUCCCACCUCUUAAACCUUGAGUUUCUAGCAGGAUUCCUUGUUGACAAAGGACACGAGGUUUAUUUCAUAGCACCAAGCAGAUAUGCUGGACCAUAUAACCCUUAUGCCAAGAACUUUAAAAAUAAAGUCCAUUUGAUCAAAUACACCACUCCAGAAUUCGAGAUGGAACAUUCAUUCCAAUCUUGUGAUACAUCCGAUUCUAUUGACAAUAUCAGGAAAGAGAGCCCUACAAAGCAGCUUCAUUAUAGAAUGUCACACGAGUUUAGCCACUGUAAGGCAUUAUUCAUGUCAACUGGCUCUUUGAAACGCAUCAAGAAUCUAAAAGCCGACUUGGUUAUAACAGACAGUCUGGCAGUGUGUGGGAGUAUUUUAGCUACCUAUCUUGAUAUUCCAUAUGUGACUGUUGAUAUGGUGCCAGGUAGUCACAGGUCUGUUUGGGAUUUGCCUCACACCCCAUACCUACCUGGUGUUGAUAUGCCAUUCAGUGAUCAAAUGACAUUGAUGGAAAGAGUGCAGAACUCGGUCUCCCAAUAUUUUCUUCAACCCAUUCAAAACUAUAUUUUCAGAGGCUACUUUUUAAAUCCGUUUAGGGAAUUGUUGGAGUACUGUAAUCUUACUGAUGUAACUUUAACAGAUCUUGUUAACCAUGGAGCUGCCUAUAGAAUUUACAACACCGAUUUUUCAAUAGAGUAUCCAAGCCCAGUGCUUCCAAAUAUGGCUUUCAUCGGUGGAUUUUUUAAUACUGGAUCUAGACCUUUAGAAAAAGAGGUGACUUCGUUUCUUCAAGAUGUUGAGGAAAAGGAGGGCUUGGUCAUUGUGAGCAUGGGAUCUCGAACCCGCUAUGACAUCCAGUGGGGUAAUCUAUUCGCUAAGGCUUUAGCACUGUUACCAUGUAAAGUCAUAUGGAGACACAUACCUGACACAAAUGAUCUUGAUGAUUUCCCAAGUGAACACGGUAAAAAUACAAUGAUAGUGAAGUGGCUUCCUCAAAGAGAAUUGCUCUCAAAUCCUAAAACAAAACUGUUUGUAACUCAUGCAGGAGCAGGGUCUAUGUUUGAAGCAGUAUAUCAUGGUGUCCCUGUCUUGACCAUUCCUUUAAUUGCUGACCAGCCCCAUCAGGCCAAGAAGUUGACUGACCGCUUGAAAAUGGGGACAUAUCUGGAAGUGUCAACACUGACAGCUGACAGCCUGCACUCAGAAUUAUUGACAGUACUGAAUAAUACUGUGUAUGCAAAAAAUGCAAAGAAAGCAUCUAAGAUUUUAAGACUUAGUUUAGAAGGUCACGGACAGAAAAUACUAUCCGUUAUAAACUCUGCUAUUGCAGCCAAAGGAGCUAUGCAUUUACAGUCUAAACUAAACCAUAUGUCUUGGUAUCAAUAUUAUUCUGUUGACGUGAUACUGGUAGUUGUGAUAUGUUUGAUGCUUUUACCUAUGCCUCUUUAUAUCUGUAGUAGAUUUUUCUCUAACAUGACAGUCAGAGAUAAAAUGAAAGUGGCAAGCAAAAAUGAUUGACCUAUAUUUUAGUUAGCAAGUGAAACAGAAUCAUGCAAGUAAUGUAUUUAAAUCAUGGCAUAUUUAUUUGAAUAUUCCAGUUUCUGCUAUAGUAUGGAUAGCUUGUACUUUUGGAGUGUUUUUAAUCUUGGAUUUUCACAGGUGAAUGCUUGUCUAUACAAUUUAUGUAAGAUGCUAGAAAGAAAAGAUGUAAAUGUAUUUUUCUAUGUGUCAAACCCCCACAAAUGGCAAAACCUUUUGUCACCCUUAUGCUAGAUGUUGACUUUUUUGCAGUUAUAUAAGAAUAUUAUAUAAGUAAUAGGUAGCUUGCUUCACCAUCAUGAAUAACAAAUUACAUGAAGAUUUCAUUUAGUUCCUUAAUCUUACAUCAGUUUGAAUGAUUAUUCCCCCUUCGUCUAACCCCACAAUGGGAAUACGUCAAUUUCUACAUUGGAAAAAUUAUUAAACCCUUGUUUAAAGGGACAUUGCUCUGUUGCAAAACGUUGAAUAUAUAUUAUAAAAGAAACAACAGCAAUUCAUAUUUAAAUAAUCUAGAACCGAUAACAAACAAGUUUGUAUAUUUGUCUAAAAUUCAAUGGGACAAAAACUGUUUAUUUUGGCAAAAAUGAAUUUCCUGGGGUAGACAAUUUUCC